CCGCGUGCUGAAGUGGAAUUCGCGAAGGUUGCACCCUUGGAAGCGAAGCAAGUGGACGCUGCAGCAGUGCCUGUGGAGUGGUUGCAGAGUCUCAGGGUCCCUCUGGCAGUAUUUUUGGACUUUGCCAAAACCAGGGGUUAGAGGAAAGCCACCGAGCCAGUCUGUUUCCCUUGCAGACAAAACCCGGGAGCAUAGGGGAGCCACCGUUCUGAUCACUUCCCUGCUGGCUGUAACGAGGUCAGAGGCCCUUUAGUAUCGUGCAGAGGUAGAAUGGAGGGAAGGACGCCCCAGGCCUGACCCCACCCUGGCCCUCCUACACUGCUCCUUCUUUCCCAGCAACCCACGGUCUCCGCAGCGCCUGACCCAGCUGGCGAACUGCCCGGUACAACUGUAGCUCCCACGGCCCGGAUCCGCCCCUCUGGGUAGAACUCUCAGGCCUCGUCACGAAGUUGGGCCAGAGGAAUGGGAGCGUAGCUUCGCUAGGCUCUGGACCCGAGCGGAAUGCCAAAAAACACUGGAUUCAUCUGCUUGCUGCUUUGCAUCUCGUUUGCAUACCAAGCUGUCUGUCGACGUCGACACGCUUCCCCGCCCCCACGCAGACCCGGCUUGGCUCCCUUCUCUGUGCGUCCCCUCCUCUCCACACGCCUCUCUCCGUUAGUCCCCCUUCCAGACUCCGUCUUGCUCCGCAAGUUUUUCUACCCAUGAACCCCUCGCCGGCAACCCCAGACCAGUAAGAGCCCCUUCCCCCGAUCCUGGAUCCCGGGUCCCGGGUCCCGAAAACCAAGUUCUCCAGAAAACAAUACUCCAAUUCUCUGGGAAGUGGAAGAAACCAAGCCGGAGUAGGGGGGCGCUGGGACACCAGUAGAGGGUUUGAGAGCUUCGAGUUGUUGAGUCAGCGCUGAAGUAUUCAGAGACCUUUUCUCAAACCUCUUGCGUUUCUCCAAGACCCUUCCUUCCUACGGUUGCGGGGUCUGUGGUCCCAGCCUACAUCAAUAGGCAAACUGGGUCCCCCCACACAAAACGAAAAGAGUUGGAGGGGCCCGCCCUGUGAUGUCAGCCCCCCCAACACACACACACCCUGUCCCCUUCCUCCAACCCCCAAACUGGUUGCAUUUAGCCCACGGGGCUUGGACUACGACUUGCAAGAGUUCAGGGGGCAACGAACAGAGUGGCCCUGGGGGUGUCCACUCCCAACAACCACCCGAAACGACGCCUAAGACUCCGGGCAGGGAUGCAGCUGGGGGUCUAGGGAAGCACAUCUACCCCCUCCUCUCCUCAGCCUUGACAGGGUGGUUUCCCAGGCCCCUCAAGACAUUCAUGGAUGGAUAAGAGGAGCUGACACUGGCCUCCCCAUCUGUGACCACCUUCUCUUCGGCCAUGGAGGAAGCCUUGCUGCCCCUGGCCAUGACCUCUGACCCCAGGCCCUUUAAUCAACAACUUCCAGAGCCUCCAGACCCAAGAUGUGUCUUGGAACCCCAGGACAAUCCUGAAUUGGCACCCGCCCUGGUGUGUGCUCUUUGCUGCUGCUUUGGAAUCAUCUACUGCUGCUUCGGUGAGGGCAGGGCCAGGGUUCUGGGGGCAGCUGCCCAAGACUGUCACCCUCAAGGAUGAGGCCAACUUUCUCCUUUACUCCAGGGCCACCUCUACUCCUCUAUCAGGGGACACCUACUUUCAGUAUGGCUGACACUGCUCUUGCCAGCUCUUCUCCCAUGCCACGCCCAUGCCCUCCAGCUCUGACCCCUGGCAACUAUCACUUGCCUCCUGCUUUAAAAUUCCAUUAUCAGAUUAACCUGCAUGCUUAAGACUUCUUCACCCUUCCCCAAUAACCUGAGUCAGCCUUUGGUGAUUUCUUCCUGUCUAUCAUCCCUGGAAAGACUAAACCUUUUUUCUAUACUUAUUCCCCUCCUUCUAUCCAUUUUACUUCUUGAUUUGCCCUCCCAUCCUCCCACAGUUCCUGAAAAGGCCCCACCCUCCCUGCGAUGCUCCCUUUCUGCCCUUUGCUUUGAGGUCCCUGGGUGUGCUGCUCCUGUCUUCUGCCCCUCUGGUCAGCCAUUCCUCUCCCUUCUCAUUCAUCAGAGCCAUCCCUGUAGAGUCCACCUUCCUGCCUCUCAGUGCCUCCUGCCUCCCUUCCCAGGCUACCGCUGCUUCAAGGCAGUGAUGUUUCUCUCCGGCCUGCUGUCAGGAGCUCUGGUGAUCUUCCUGCUGUGCCACAAGGAACGAGUGCUAGAGACACAGCUGAGCCUGGAGGUGAGCGCUGGCAUUGCGCUAGGCAUCGGACUCCUCUGCGGCCUGGUCACCAUGCUGGUUCGCAGUGUUGGGCUCUUCCUGACUGGCCUCCUGCUAGGCCUAACCCUGGGUUCCGGGGUUCUGCUGGGCACCGAGCCCAUCUACCAGCCACCUUCAGCCUGGGUGCCGGCCGGGGGGCUGGUGGGGCUGGCACUGCUGGGAGCCCUGUUCACACUUCGGUGGCCACGUCCAUUCACAGUUCUGGGCACGGCCCUGCUGGGUGCUGCAGUGCUGGUGGCCUGUGCUGACUACUUCCUGGAGGGGCUGGCACUGGGCAGUCGGCUGGGCCAACGCUUGCAGGCACUUCCAGCCUUGCCUCCUCUCUGCUGGUAUAGCUGGGUCUUGCUGGGGACCUGGCCAGCACUGGGGGCCCUUGGUGCCCUGGCCCAGUGGAAGCUCAUGGAUGAGGAACAUGGAGGUCACGCCAAUGUGGUCUUGAGCCAACAGCGAAGGCAUCUCCAACUUCUUCGGAUCCGUCAGCAAGAAGCCAAGUGGCAUCGGACCUCCCCUGGUGUGGGGCUCUGCGAGGGCAGCUACCGGCGCCAGCUCCCUGCCAGCGCCCGGAGCCCUGCUGACAGUCUGGCUCCAAGUUAUCUCCAGAGCCUUCGAGAGCGCCAGCUGGGACCAGGCACCCAGGCCACAGCCCCCCACACUGUCCUGGACCUGGAUUCUGACUGUGGUUCCACUGUACCCCUCACCACACCUGGUUCCACCCGGACCUGAGCCUAAACCUCCACCGAUGGCCUUUACCCCACCAAGGACCUGGGAACACUAGGUGGGCAGGGCCUGAGGGCAUAAGACCCCCACACAAAUUUCCCCACCUCUUGGACUUGGGGAUGGAAUCUGUGCUCCAACCCAGACCAGCUCUCUAGGGAUAUGUUUCAGGGACAGAUAGAGAGGAAUCUGUGGGAAGGGAGAGGAAUGGAAGUAUGAGUACCUACCUCUGUCCAGUAAUAGAGGUGCCCGGGUCCCUAAGGUACUGACUCCCUAAUUCCCUCCAAAGCAAACCAAGGAGGGCUGUUACCCAAAUAGCCUUCUGUAUACCCACAUCAGUGUGCCUCGCAACAGUAAAAUAAGGUGUUUGUUUUUGUAGGACCUAUAGAAAAUCAAGAAGCCUCCUAAGCUUUUUGCUGGGGAGAAGGGCAGCAGAGGAGUUCCAGGAUCCCUUAAUCCCCAGGCGGUUGGCUUCCUGGUUAGCCUUUCCCUCUGGACCUCAUAGGCUCAAUCCCCCUUCUCCUACCUCAGUUGGUGGUACUGACUGUCCUCCAUGGUGCUUCCCUUUUUUUGGGGGGGCCACACCUGCAGCAUAUUGAAGUUUCCAGGCUAGGGGUCUAAUCAGAGCUGCAGCUGCUGGCCUAUACCACAGCUCAUGGCCACGGUGGAUCCUUAACCCACUGAGCGAGGCCAGGGAUGGACCCCACAUCCUCAUGGAUACUAGUCGGGUUUGUAACCCGCUGAGCCACAAUAGGAACUCCCCCUUUUCUUCCUUCUUAAUGUGGGGAAGACCACAGGGCAGUGCCUGGCUCAGCACCCACCUACCCCUAAAGCUGGCUUCUUGCUCCAGAGAGAGAGCAUUGGCCCAUGUGCCAGUCUUGCCCUUUUGCCCAAAGGAGCCUGGUCUUCAGGGCUGUGUGGGAAACAAGUGCCUUCUCUGACUCUCAUUGUAGGUGAUGAUAAUCUCCUUAACCAGAUUGUUGUCCUAGCCACUAACCCAUUUUAAUCCUCCGCCUCCCCCCACCCCCAUUCUCCUGCCCAAAGUCUGUCCUCUGGUUCUGCUGGGCAGCAAGGUUAUUUUGGGAGGGAGGAGGAAUGUGGGACCAUGUGAAUAAAAUAGCAUUGAACACCGAA